AUGUAUCGAGGAUGUCGUCGUGUUUUCGGAAAUUUAGAAAUAACGUGGAUUGAGGCACCCGAAAUCCGAAAGUGGAGACAAGUUACUAAUCAAACCGUGUAUGCCGAUGUUGACUAUUUGAAAACAAUCAAUUUUUUUGAUCAUAUUGAGGAAAUCCGCGGGAGUCUUAUCAUAUAUCGAGCCAAUAUUCAAACAAUUUCAUUUCCAAAGCUACGUGUUAUUUAUGGCGACGAAGUGUUUCAUGACCAAGCAUUGUAUAUUCAUCAAAACGAGAAAGUGAACGAAUUGGUGAUGAACGAAUUGAGAGUGAUUCGAAAUGGAUCGGUUACUAUCCAAAACAACCCAAGAAUGUGUUACCUGGGUACCAAAGUUGAUUGGAAUGAAAUUCUUUACGACAGUUCAAAACAGACAGUUGAGACGUGGAAUUCUCACAAAGCUUGUUGGAACAAUGGAGAUCCUAUUGCAUCGUGUCAUAAAAGCUGUACAAAAGAUAAAUGCUGGGGAAACGGAGAUAAUGAUUGUCAGAAAAUGUACCGCUCAGUAUGCCCGAAAUGUUGCUCCCAAUGUUUCUACUCCAACAUCACCCACUCUUACGAAUGUUGUGACUCCACUUGUCUCGGUGGAUGCACAGAUCAUGGACCUGAUAAUUGCAUUGCAUGCAGUAAAUACAGAAUGGACGACAAGAUAUGUGUUGAUACGUGCCCACCAAGAAAAAUAUACAAUGACAGAAGAGGAAGAUUGGUUCCGAAUCCCGAUGGGAGGUAUCAAAAUGGAAAUCACUGUGUGAAAGAGUGUCCUCCGGAACUGUUGAUUGAAAACGAUGUAUGUGUUCGUCAUUGCUCAGAAGGUUACGAUCAACCAGAAGAUUCGAGGGAAUGUGAAAAAUGUCGAGGCUCCGGAUGUUCUAAAAACUGCAUUGUCGAGGGUCCUCUCACAAGCAGAAAAUUGAAAACCCUAGAAGGAUGUGAACGGAUUGAUGGACAUCUAAUGAUUGAAACUACGUUCAAAUACGAGGAGCUGAAAGUUUUGGAAUCAGUGAAAAUUGUCACCGAGUACAUUGAAAUUGUUAAACAAGACUUUUUUGAUUUGAAGUUUCUCAAAAACUUGCAAAUCAUCGAAGGACGAAAACUUCUCAAUAUGAAAUGGGCUUUAGCUAUUUAUCAAUGUAACAAUUUGGUGGAAUUGAAUCUGAACUCCCUUAAGUUAAUCAAAACUGGAUCAGUGAUUAUCAAUGAGAACCAUAGAUUAUGCUAUGUCGGAACUGUUGAUUGGGAAUCGAUAAUUCAAUCAAAAGGAGAUCAAGGAAAAGCAAAAUUGAGGGCUGAAGGAAAUAGUGACAGUAAAUUGUGUAUUCAAGAAGAGGAAAUUUGUGAUCCAAACUGCAAUUCUCGAGGAUGCUGGGGAAAACAACCGGAGGAUUGCUUGGAGUGUCGAACAUGGAACAAUAUGGGAACAUGUGUGUCGUCGCAAUGUGAUAUCGGUUUUUUUGGAAAUCAAACUUCAAUGACAUGUGAGAAAUGCUCUCCUGAAUGUGAAACAUGUAAUGGAUUAGGAGAGUUCGAUUGUCUUUCUUGCCGACAUUAUACCUUUUACAAUCCGGAUUUUGGAAAUCGUAUGGAGUGUGUAACUGAUUGCCCCACACAUACUCGUUGCUCUACUAUUGGAAAUGUUUGCGAAAAGUGUUAUGAAAAUGGGUGA